AUGAUCAUUAACUACUAUCCUGGUUAUUACUCUCAUCGAACGAUUCCAGCUAGGCCUGGAAGCAAACAAGCUUAUCUGCUGCAGCCCUUGGAUGUAAGGAGGCAUCAUAAGUUCUAUGUUGAUGAUUACAAAUGGACAGUAGGGCUAGAAAGGAUUAUGAAGAAAAGGCCAAGUGCUGUCGUAGAACAUUUGACACUAGAAAGAGAACAGAUGAGAAAAGAUUUCGUUUUUAAAGUUUUUGGCCUGCUGUCCUGUCAGUUAUUUUAUAUUUUAAUUAACUUGCUUGUCUUUACUAGUUUAGAUACUUUCAGGUUUCUAUUUGAAGGAGAUGUUAUAUUCAUGUAUGCAUUUUUUGGGGCUGCUGGAAUAAUAUUCCUUCUUCUUCUUUUAUGCAAAGAGUUAAGAAAGAAGCGCUUGAUCAAUUUCUUUUUAUUAUCUUUUAUGGUUGCUUUUUUGGCUCUUGGUCUGUCUGCUUUUGUAUGUUUUUUUGAAUCAUACGUAUGCGUCUUCAUAGUCGGUAUUCUGUAUUCAGUUGUAACAUUCGUCACAGUCCUCGCUAAAUUUGGACCGUGUGACGUUGCUGGCUGUAGCAUGAUAUGCUGUGUGCUUGGAGUUGUCUUCUGCAUUUAUGGAGUUGUCGCUAGUCUUGUCAUUCUUCUGACGGGUAUCGGGCUAUUGACGUUGGGAAUAGCUGGUAUAGCAGUAACUAUCAUAUCCGUGUAUUUGAUGUUUGAUACUCAGGCGAUGUUGGAAAAUAAGAGUUUAAAGAUCUCUUCAAGUGAAUUUGUAAGAGGUAAUAUUCAUUUGUACAUUGAUGUCAUCCUCAUUUUCUGCAGGCUAUUUAAAGCUUGUUUUAAACUACUGAAAAGUAAAUUAAAGCGCUCCAAUAAAACUUAA